UCGCUCGUUGUCUCGCGCGCGCGCUGCCCGAGCGACGACCGAGGGCAGAGAGGAGAGUCAGUCGGCCGAGAGCGAAAGUCGAGCGAGGAUGAUCCAGCAAGAGCCAGAGGAUUUAGAGGCCGAAGGUUACGCAGCCUCCUAGUGCCCGCUUGGACAGCAGAGCGCCGAGCCGGCCGGCAGUACUCGACAGCGAGCGGCGCGACAGCAGCGGGAGCAGGAUGAAGGAGCUGGUGCUGACGCUGCUGCUGGUAGCGGCUACAAGUGCGUCCUGGACGAGCGUCACCAAUCCCUUCAAGAGCAUGUGGCUGAGCCUGUACUCGGCGGCGGACCCGUCCUCGUCGACGGCCACGCCGGCCGCGCCGGACGACGAGUGCCGCGGCUGCGCCCAGAACCGAGUGCAGGCCGAGCUCGACCAGGACCCCAUCCUCACGGAGCUGCGGGUCGAGUACGUCAAGCAGCAGAUCCUGAGGAAGCUCCGGCUGGAGAAGCCGCCGGAGGUGUCGCUGUCGAUCUCGACGCUGCCCAAGCCGCUGGUCAACGGGCAUGUGCUCGAGCUGAAGCCCGGGGAGCCGCUCGAGCCUCAGAUACCUGCCGAGAGCUUUUACGGCAAAACCAACCAGAUCGUCGUCUUUCCCGAUGAGAGCAUACCCUACUCGAAAAAAUGUCGUCAAAGCUCAAAUCACAUAACGGGUUUCAACCCCGCGGCGUGUUUCACCUUCUUCCUGCCCAAUGAGAUGCAAUUUGUCAGCGUUACUUCCGCCGAACUCUGGUUCUACAAGGAAGAGGACAAGAACGACAGCUUUAAUCAGACCUUCGUACUUUCGGAGCUUGAUCACUGGGAUCAACGGGGUAGCUUCGAGAAAAACACUAUUAUGGCAAUUUUCGAAACGACCAUCGGAGAGGCUGCUGGCGCGCGGCAAGGCGCUGCACCGGCGCAACGAGAUCGUGCCGUGCUGCUCGCCCACGCAACUGUCGCCCAUUCAGCUGCUCUACGUCGACUCGAACAACACCAUCACGCAAAAGACCCUGCCCAACAUGGUCGUCGAGGCUUGCGGCUGCAUGUGAGCGCUUUCGCCGUUCGACUGAGCGCUCGCGGAGCAGCGGGAAUGUUCCCGGCGAACGAAGAGGGAGAAGCUCAACGCUCGCGCAAAAAGCCAGAAAGACAUAAGACAACGACGAGUCGCCGACGACAAAGUAAUUUAAGCAGCGAGAUUUGCCUUUGUGCGGCGCAGCGCGACGACGAAUUUCGCAUUCUUUGCAGGCAGAAGGGAAAGAGAGCACGACGACGCAGGAAUUUUACGGAGAAAACUGGGGCAAUUCUCCGUCCGGAGCGAGCGCGCACGGGCGAAUAGGGGCGGGGAGGGGGUGGGGGGCGCCGGCAGUGGCGAGAGAAUGGCUCGCGCAACGAAAUUGUUUGCUCUUUGCACGGUCCUUUUGAGAAAUGUGCGGAGGACAAGCUGCCGAGCGAUGAAUCGAAACGCAGCCACUCGCGACCGGGAGAGAGCGGCAGCUCCCCCCCGAUCAGCGGAUUUCGCGCCUGUCUUGCUCCGCGCUUUCCGUCGCCUCUUUGUUUCUUCGCCGGCAACAAAGCAGUAUUUGCCCUCGGAACUCUUUGCGACGCAGACGCGCCAAUUGCUUCGAUUCGAACGCAACGCACUGCGCGAAACGUUUCGUGCGACGCGACGGUCGACCAGCGGUUCCCCGUUUAUUCGAAGCGAGACAGUGUCUUGCGCAAGCCUUGUCCGCUGCGCGUCCGAUUGACUAACUAAUUUUUAUUUAUUGCCUCCUCGAUUGUAGCGCAUAACUUUUUUUAUGAAGCCUCUGUGUGUACGUUGAAAAAUUGAUGCGGUGACAAUUAGCACGUAAGCUUGCGCGCGUUGCGGACGUGACCGUUAGCGCGUUGAAAUCGGGACGUCGUUCCUUUUGCCGAAUAGUUUCAAUUUGUAAGCGUCUAUUAAUCAUUUGUUCGGCGUUUCGCGAUCGCCUCGCACUCCUGGUGGUGGUGCGGUCGUACGACCGCGGGAACAAAUUUCGGGUACGUCAUAGUGACUCUACAAUGAUAAUGAUAAGAAAGCCACGUAAAGCGUAGAGCGCUCUCGAGCUUGCGAAUGCCCGGAGCGAGCUGCUGUUGUUAAUUAAUUAAGCUUGUAUUUGUAUACACAGCCUCAAUUAGGCGAUCGCGCGUGUAAUGAGCUUUGCGUACUUAAACGUAUACGCUUCAUGCGCGCAUAUACAUGUAUGUAUGCAUGUAUGUAUGUAUGUACGUACGUAUGUGUACUUGCUAAUUAAAUCCGACAUUCCGCAGAAGCGCACACACGAGUUACUCUACCCUCCAAAGUCCAAAGUCCAUCGGCAGCCGAUUGCUUUAAUUAAGAACGAGAUUGCCCCGCGCGCGCGCGCGCAAACUUGAAGACCGUGUAAACAAAGCAUUUAGCCGAGAAGAAGCGAUAAUAAGCUCGCGAU